GUGUAAAUUUUGAAUAUGUCAAUAUUGACAUGUGAAUAACAAAGUUCCCGCUUUGCAGCAGAGUAAAGAAUGAUAACACAGGUUUCAAUAUCAAACAAUAGAUUGGGGUAGAGUAAAAGUUUGUAUUUUAUUUCCAAUAUUCAGUGAAAAUGGAUACUACUAAUGAAGAAGAUGUCCGUAGUCAAAGUAUUGAUAACAUAGAUAAAAGUGAUAUUAUAACUAUUCUUGUUGCAACAGACAUUCAUUUGGGAUUCGAAGAAAAAGACCCUAUCAGGGGUCAAGAUAGUAUCAAUACAUUCGAAGAAAUACUAAAUAUUGCAGUUGUAAACGAAGUGGACUUCAUUCUUUUGGGUGGUGAUUUGUUUCAUUAUGCACGGCCAAGUCCUUAUUCCAUCUAUAAAUGUACUGAACUUCUUCGAAGAUACUGCUUCGGAGAUAAGCCAGUUGAAAUUGAAUUUCUUUCUGACCCUUCUGAAAAUUUCAAAAGUUGCUACAAUCCUGUUGUUAAUUACGAAGAUCCAAAUCUUAACGUUUCCAUUCCCGUUUUCUCUAUUCACGGCAAUCAUGAUGACCCUACUGGACAGAAACAAAUUUCAGCUAUGGAUUUGUUGUCCUCGUCGGGGCUAGUAAAUUACUUCGGAAGGUGGAAUAGUUUAGAUAAAGUUGAAGUGGAACCAAUAUUAUUGCAGAAAGGAGAAACUAAGUUGGCUCUGCUAGGACUGUCUCACAUCAAAGAUGAAAGACUGGGAAGGCUGUUUCUUGAUAAAAAGGUUAAAUUUAUGGCACCCCCAGGAAAUGAUCAAGACUGGUUCAAUUUAUUGGUUUGGCAUCAAAAUAGAGCUACACGUGGAGUUAAAAAUUUUAUUCCUGAUGAUUCUUUACCAGACUUUCUGGAUUUGGUGAUAUGGGGCCAUGAACACGAUUGUAGAAUAGAACCAGAAAGUAAAGCCAAUGGUGUCCAGAUAUCUCAACCAGGUAGUUCAGUUGCUACUUCCCUAGCUUUAGGAGAGGCGAUUACUAAAAAAGUUGGCAUAUUGAAGAUUCAUAAAAAACUGUCUAAGAUGAUUCCAGUGGAACUAAAAACUGUCAGACCAUUUAUAUUCCAAGAAUUGGUACUCAAAGAGUUGAACCAAUUGAUUGAUGAAUGUGAUGGUUCUUUAACUCCCAUAGAAAUAACUGAAGAUAUUGUUACUAAAAAAGUUGAUGAGAUGAUAGAACAGGCAAAAACUUUAGGUAGAACUCCAGAUGUAAGCGAAAAACCAUUGAUAAGAUUAAAUGUGAAAGUUAGAGAUGAAAAACAGGUUUUCAAUACAAUCAGAUUCGGGCAGUCUUAUGUUGGUAAAGUAGCAAAUCCAGAGGAUAUGGUAAAGUGUAAUGUUAUAAGACAACCUAUUAGAGGAGACAAAAAAGGAGAUGGUAUCAGUCUGAGCGAUACUCCGAUAGUAGCCGAAAGAGUAGAAGAUAUUGUCCUGGAGCAUUUUUCUGAAAACGACUUAUUGAAAAUAUUUCCGGUAGGACCUCUCGUUGAAAGUGUUAAAAAACAUAUAGAUGCGAAUGAUUCAGAAGCAUUUUCUUUGACAGUUGAGCAUUUGAUUAAAGAAACCUUGGACCACUUAGCAGAAAGUAUGCCAGAAAUAGAAGAUAUUGAGAGUGUCGUUAACAAAUUUAGGAUAUCUAGGGAACAGGCUAGUUUGUCUUCGGUUCACAGACUUCUUAAUGAUCCUCACCGGCAAAAGAAACGAAUCCCUAGUAAUGAAGAUAAAAAACCCAUGCGUCAAGGAAGUGAUGAAAAUGACGAUGUCAUGGUAAUAGACGACGAUGACGCUGAUGAUAAUGUUGAUAUUGGUAUCCAAGGUGGAUCAGGAUUAUGGGCUAACUCUCCAAAAAGGCCUUCACGGGGGCCAGGUUCAAGAGGAGGGAGAGGUUCUAGAAGACCUCGUGCAGCAAGAGGAAGAGCAAAGUAAAUGAACAUUUCUGUGAUAUGAUACAAUACAUGGAAUAUUACCAUUAAGAUCAAAUAAAUAUCAGUUACCUUUUC